AUGGCACCCACGUCUUCUACUUCCGAUCCAAUUAUUGAAAGCACUCCAAGUACUCUUUCUGCUGGAAAUAAUGUCAUCGAUGCAACUCAUCUCUACUAUAUUCAUCCCUCUGAUUAUCCUAGGAUGAUUCUUGUUUCCGUAGUGUUUGAUAGGAAAAACUAUGGUGGAUGGAGAAGGGUUGUUAUAAUUGUGCUCUCUGCCAAAAACAAACCUGGGUUCAUUGAUGAUUCACUGGCGAUUCCAAUUGCAGAUUUGACUUUUCAAAAGGCACGGUCAUGCUUCAAUGACAUGGUUAUCUCGUGGCUUCUCCACUCCUUAUUUAAAGAAAUAGCUGAAUCAGUGCUUUACUCUCAAAGUGCCAAAGAACUUUGGAUCGACCUAGAAGAUAGAUUUGGUGAGACGAAUGGUGAGACGAAUGGUGAAAAAUUGUUUCAAUUACAAAAGGAACGAAAUGUUGUGGUGCAAUGUAGUAUAUCUGACUAUUUCACUAAAAUGAAGAGUCUAUGGGAUGAACUAGAUGUGUUAAACACUUUUGGCUGUUUGUGUUUGUGUGUGCGAUUGUGGCUUAUUCCUUGGUUAUCCAAGAUGAAAAGCAACGAGAAAUCAAUAAUUCUCAUGCCUAUCCAGAGGGCUCUGCAUCUUUUAUAUCCUAGUUUCAAACCACCAAAGGGAUCUGUUGAAUCAAAGAUGAAUUCAAGCACAUGUGCCUACUGUAAAAAGCCAGGUCAUAGCAUUGACAAAUGCUACAUGAUUCAUGGAUUUUCUCUAGAUUUCAAGUUCACAAAGGAAAGGAGAUUCCAAACCAUGGCUGACAAUGCUUACCACACUGUAGAGGAGGUUGAUCAAGGGGGCAAUGGGUUCUCAAAUGGAAAAACACUAACUCAGGAGAACAUAGGAGAAUUUUUGCAAUUACUUCAACAAUUAAAAUUGGGAUAG